UAAGAGGAGCGAUCGCUGCCGCCGAGUCUCGCCAGACUGCGACGUAUAUUGGGAGUGAAAAUGUUUUCUUUUGGCUCUUCCUUUUGGGCGCCGGAAUGAGAGACUUUAACGCCCAAAUUAAUGGGGUGGAAUGCAGAUUUAGGACCCUGCGAAGUCUUUAACUCGUAUCCGUCCACUCGCUCAGGCGCCCCGAGGGCAGUCCUAGUGGGGUCCUCGUAGCCGGCCAAGAUGGCUGCCCCCGCACUGACGGCUGUGCGAGGAUGGUCGGGCCUGGCUCUUCAAGUGGACCGUGCCGCCUGGCGACUUCCAGGGCUAACCCAGGUGAGAUGGAGCCGUUACGGUCCUGAAUUCCGGGAUCCCCUAAUUGACAAAGAACAUUACCGCAAGGCUCUCACCAAGGAGGAAAAAUAUGAGCAGGAGCUCAAGAAAACUCAGCUCGUCAAAGCUGCCCCAGCGUCGCAAACAAGUUCUGUGUUUGCAGACCCGGUGAUCAGUAAAUUCACCAACAUGAUGAUGAAAGGAGGAAACAAAGUACUGGCCAGAUCCCUCAUGAUCCAGACUCUGGAAGCUCUGAAAAGGAAGCAGUUUGAGAAGUACCAUGCUGCUACCACAGAAGAACAGGCAACUAUUGAACGCAACCCCUACACCAUCUUCCACCAGGCACUGAAAAACUGUGAGCCUGUGAUUGGGCUGGUACCCAUCCUUAGAGGUGGACACUUCUACCAGGUCCCUGUGCCCCUAGCCGACCGCCGCCGCCGGUUUCUGGCUAUGAAGUGGAUGAUCACUGAGUGCAGAGAGCAUAAGCACCGGCGGACAAUGAUGCCAGAGAAGCUUUCACAUGAGCUGUUGGAGGCUUUUCAGAACCAGGGCCCAGUGAUCAAGAAGAAGCACGACAUGCACAAGAUGGCUGAGGCCAAUCGUGCCCUGGCCCACUACCGCUGGUGGUAGAGGGAGAUGAGAGACUGUGGGAGGGACGGGGGCACGGCUGCAGGAAGCCACAUGAGCCACUGCCCUGUUGAAAAGUAACUGUGAGUUAAGGAUGACUGACUUUCCUUUUUAAGCAGAUGGAGCAGCGUGACUGUUGCCCAUUACUCCGGUGCUCGAACUGGUUUCCCUGUUCCAUCACCUUAUAGAGAGGGAACAUACCCACUUGGGGAUUGACUCCAAGAAACUCAGACUGAGUCUUCUCUUCCCUCAGCUAGGGGUAGACCUUUAGAUGCUAUGAAAGGAAGCAGUAUCAGUAUGAGAAAAAGAUUUAUUAGAAAAUCCUCACCCUGACCUUGUGAAGAAUGUGAUGCUGAGCUAUGGUUUAUCACAACUGACUGGAGGUUUAUCUCCACAGCUGUCCCUGUGCAAAGUGUUUAAAAUGCAAUUUCUCUUGUGCCUUGUGCUCUGCCUCUGCCCUCUGACAUGCCAAAGCAUCCCACCAGUGGCUGUUGUUACCCAUUUUACAGAUGGGAAAACUGAGGCACCAAAGCAGUGUUGUGCCAAUAGUUACUCGGUCCAGUGGUUGUUAAGAGUUGGCCCAGGUGGAAGGUGAUAGGAGAAAGAAACAGAGGGGUAGUCUUAAACCAGGAAGAGCACGUCUGUUUCGUGUCUCCAACUCCUGAGGAGGGGAAGGGAAUAGGGCAGGACCACA